GUGCAAUCUCUCGUCUGAUCUCAUUUCAGCUCAUCUGUGAUAAAUCCCCCAGCUGGAGAUUUGGCUGCAUCACAGACCCCCAGCACCGAUCUACUGCUUCCCCAUCACCAUGGAGGCUUCUCUUGCCGUCUGCAUCCUCGCUGCUCUCCUGGCUACGGGGUCCUGUCUGCAGUGUGAGGUUUGCUUUGGACCAGGAACCAGCUGCUCGGGCGACCUACAGACCUGCGCCAUUGGGUUUGACUCUUGUGGCAUCAUUGUGACAGAAACCACAAUUGCGGGAAUGAAGCAACAGGGCAUUGUCAAGGGCUGUAUGACAUCAGGAAGUUGUAAAGUUGGACCCCUCACUAUGAAUUUUGGGAAUGGAGUGACAAUGAAGCAGGGCAUCGCCUGCUGUGUGGGAGACGCCUGCAGAACCACCACCGUUACAGUGCCCCCGGCCGACACCAAACCCAACGGCCGGAGCUGCCCAGCCUGCAUCGCUGUGCUCUAUGCUCAAUGCAAUGAAGAGAUCAUAUAUUGUACUGGAGCUGAGACCCGAUGCAUUGAGGUUGCUGGGACUGUAACAAUGGGACAGGAGGCUGCGGGGUCUGCUGGGUGGAACAGCCACAUCGAUGACCAUGAAGGGCUGCGCUACUGA